GACCCUUAUUCACAAUCUUGCCAUUGAUCUGUUUCACUCCACAGUGAGUCCACACACCAUUUCGCACCACAAAAAGCGCCAUUUUCACCAUUCCCACUGCUCACACUCCGAUCAACUUCACUUGGUUGUUCUGCAAUCCUCUCCUCUCCAUGAAUCUCGGAAUCUGCGCCGCCGUUGCACCAUCCCGAUCGCCGCACCUUCUCCGUCGACAACAACCGAGAAACAGAGGACAAUGGGUCACUGUGACUGUGAGAGUGACGGCGAGCUCCUCCUCGUCGUACCUUGAUAUGUGGAAGAAGGCGGUGGACAGAGACAGAAAGACCUCUCAAUUCAACAAAAUCGCCGCUUCUGCACCUGUGGAGAAUGUUGAUCAUAGCCACGAUUUGGAGAAGAAAACCGACGAGUUCCACAAGCUUCUCCAUGUUUCCACCCAAGAGCGCGACAGGAUUCAGAGGAUGCAGGUCAUUGAUCGUGCCGCUGCCGCCAUCUCCGCCGCCAAGGCCAUUCUCAACGAAUCUAAUACCAGUGCCACCGCUUCCACCCAGUAUCAACAUGAAUCAGGUUCAGGAACGCAGAGUGGGAGUGUUUUAGUGCCAGAGUCGUCGGAACCUCCGAGAAAUGCUAUCCCAGGCCCGGAUUUUUGGUCCUGGACACCGCCGCCACUUGAUGGUGAUGUUCCUUCAGAUGGUUCCAGUGGAUUGAAGUUAGAUACCAAGUCUUCUGUUCAUUCGACCUUACCCAAUCCGGUUGCGGAGAGGGAAAGGUCGCCCCAAUCUCUCUCCAUUCCAUUUGAGAGUUUACUUUCUCAGAGCAAAGAUAGUCCUCAUACUCUUCCACCCUUUCAGUCAUCAUUAGAGCUGGAAGCUGCAGCUUCAAACCUUGAGUCGCCUUCCUUAGAAGAGGAGCAGAGUCGCGGUGCAUUGUCUUCUGGCCAUGCGGCAGAUGCAGUUCGUGCCCUUAGUGAGGCUGACAAAUCUUCACCUAUUGGAGUGAGUCCAGAUGGAUUGAGAUGGUGGAAAGAAUCAGGAAUUGAGCAAAGACCUGAUGGGGUGAUUUGCAGAUGGACAAUGACCAGAGGUGUUAGUGCUGAUAAAGCUGUUGAGUGGCAAGAGAAGUUCUGGGAGGCUUCUGAUGAAGUUGGCUAUAAAGAACUUGGUUCUGAGAAAUCUGGACGUGAUGCAAGUGGAAACGUUUGGCAUGAAUUUUGGAGAGAAUCCAUGCAUGAGGAAAAUGGUCUAAUGCAUAUGGAGAAAACUGCAGACAAGUGGGGAAGUAACGGUCAAGGUAAUGAGUGGCAGGAAAAAUGGUGGGAGCGCUACAAUGCCUCUGGUCAAGCAGAGAAAUGGGCGCACAAGUGGUGCAGUAUUGACCCAAACACACCCCUUGAAGCUGGGCACGCUCAUGUUUGGCAUGAAAGGUGGGGUGAAACAUAUGACGGAUAUGGGGGCAGCACAAAAUACACUGACAAAUGGGCAGAGCGCUCACAGGAUGGUGGAUGGGAGAAAUGGGGUGAUAAAUGGGAUGAAAAUUUUGAUCUAAAUGGCCAUGGCAUCAAGCAGGGGGAGACCUGGUGGGAAGGUAAGCAUGGAGAGCGCUGGAACCGAACUUGGGGUGAGCAACACAAUGGUUCUGGAUGGGUUCACAAGUACGGGAAGAGCAGUAGUGGGGAGCACUGGGACACACAUGAAGGGCAGGAUACAUGGUAUGAGAGAUUCCCUCAUUUUGGUUUCUUCCACUGCUAUGAAAACUCAGUCCAGCUCAGGGAGGUUCCAAAACCAUCUGAAAUACAGGACUCCUAAUUUGCCGAAAUCAUAUGAAAUAUGGAGGUCUUUAAUCACCUUCAACCCCACCAAUCCCAUAUUUAAUAUUCAUAUGUCAUUGUAAUGUAACCUGGAUAUAGUAUUAGGCUAACUAGUAGGAUGAUCAUAUCAAGCUCUUGUGGAAGUGUAAGGAAUGAAUAGUGUGUUGUUCCUUCUUGUCAGCACAAGAGCAGCAUAUACAUAUAUACUUCUUUCAUUUUUA